AUGCUUGUCGCAACUAAUAACUACGACUUUGCUUUCGAGGCGAAUCUUACGAGUGGGGUCCUCGAUGCGGACGGCAAGUUUAUUGGUGCAUCAGUAGAGGACAACUACUCUCGUGACAUCACUAGAUGCUGCCAGAAGUUCAUCAGAAUUCUGUUUUCUGUGCUGGGCACACUGAUCCUCCUCUGCCUGUACUUGGGCGCGGGCGCCUGGAUGUUCCAGUACUUAGAGAAGAGCAACGAGGCGAGCGCCUGUUACGACACUUACAAGCUUUACCUCGAACAACUGAACACGUCGAUGAUCCGGGCUACGGGUAUCCUGCACUCGGGCCUGCCUGAUGAGGAGGUCAGUGGUCGUUUGCAAACCGCCAUGACGGAUUUCGCGGACAGCCUGUUCGCGCUCGAUUUUGCGCCCAGCAAGAACUGCUCUGCCAUACAUACCACGCCAUUUGGAUCAAAGUGGAACUGGGUCAAUUCGUUGUACUUCUGUGCAACAAUACUUACCACCAUUGGUGAGUUGGCCGCCACCGUAUCUUUAAUUCUUUCAACAUUUCAUCUGAAGUUGGGAUAGCGAUAGCCCCUGCAUGAGUAAUGUGUGUCUUGCCGGACCAUUAUCAGAGGUAAAUACUAAGGCGACAAGAUUAGGAAAGGAGUUUCAUCAGAAAGACAAAAACAUACGUGCUCCAAAAUUUCAGACCAAAAGCCCCUGAGGGCCAAGACCAAGUAGCUGUCCUAACUUUUUUGAGAACUAAGUUACAAUAUUUAAAAGUUAGUUCAUAACUAUACAAAGUAGUUCGCAAUUACGAAAUGAGUACUAGAGGAAAAACUUAUGUUCAGAUGGGCUUUUUUGAAAAUCGGAUAAUUUACUACUUUGAAUAGAAACGCGCAAUUUGUGAUCGGCAAACUGUUCAAUCAACGAUCGACCUAGAGAGAUAAAACGUGAUAGGUAACCUGAAGCAUGGGUCUACUAUGCAGGUGGGGGGAGGGGGGGAGUGGGGGAGCGGGAGAGAAAGCCAGCCAAGUAUGAGAGUUAGGACUACAGUGAGAACUUGUCCGGCGUGAUUUAGAGUGCAACGCGCGGGCAGCAUUCAGUCAUGCCGGGGAGGCGGGGAGGGGAGAUGGAGGCGAAAUGAGAGGGCGCCUAUGGGAACAGGGUUUCGUCCAUAAUCGAUCUUUACCAUGGUAGUGCCAGGCUUAUCACGUGGUACAACUGCUUAUAGAGUUCUGGUUUCCUCCUGCGUAUUACAGCGGCCUCAGCAAAGCGCAUGAGACGCCCGGUCGUCGCUCGAAACAGGACCUUGAAUGCAACUAUUGGGUCCGCCUUAAGCAGCCACUUCGGCAUGUGUUCAGCUGACCGAGUCCCCAAUUGCCUUUGCGUGCGCCCAAUGUUGUAAUUUGGUAGAAUUCAAAAAACGGAAAACGCACUUUUGCAUGAUGCAGACUAGAGGAAUUAAAAAGCUCACAUAAGCAGAGAAGAAAUGACAGCAGGCUGCUCAUAUGGCUGUCGGGUAUUCCGCUUCCGACAUGUGGACGAUAUAGCACACAACCGUAGGGCUACUAAAUCCACCUUGAUUAUGACUCACAGGGCCAGCUUAUGUCUGCGGUAUGAGCAAAAUUUCUGUUAGGCUUACGAUGUCGGACCUCAAAUCCGCGGAACAAAUAACCAUUUUUAGCUAUGACUGUUGCAGGGACUUGCUAGUCUGACAUUUGUACAGACAGCUGGAACUAAGCGGUAAAUUAACGACUCAUAAAUUGAAAGGGGCAGUACGAGUUCCAAAUUAAUAAAAAGAAAAUGAGACAAUCCUUUAAACUAGUUAAAAGGAGGCACGUGGUAGGGUUGUUUUUAGGUGAAGACAAGAUCCUCAGAUGUACACAGUAAAGGUGCCCCGGAGCGUAUGAUACCAGAACGGAGGGUCAAACGACAACUUUAACCUCAACCCUCAUCUGCUUGAUAUUUAGCGCAGGACCGCCUGUAUUGAGUUAGGGGUUACUACUUCCGUGUAUUACUCAAGUGUCAACCCAUAUAAUUAACUGUCUCCAUAGACACCCUAUAUACCCUAUGGAAUACAACGUUAGUCCCAAUUUGGUGUCUAUGAUUUUGUAGACUUCUACUCCUAGCUGAUAACGCCGAAAAUAGAAUGCGGCAAAUUCUGUCUGGAAGAGCUUACCUCUCCAUGCAAUCGGUAAAAAUUGGGUUGAUAUGUGUUUUCAACUGCAUACUUUGUUGUGAUUAAAGGCCCUUAUCAGUGAACAUCGCCAGAUUUCCGUACGACGUACGCCUCACAGAACCUAUGAUUAGAUCCACUUUUGUGAGAAACAGUUCUCGCUUUGGUCAUCUUCUCUAACUACAUUGGAAACAGGAAAAACCUUAUAUGCAACUUAUAUUGCAUGGAAUGCAUUUUUUGCAAGAUUUUUUUAGUAUACGGCAUGUUUAAUUUAACAUUUGACCCUAUAUUUUCAAACAAUUUGCUUAGCCCUGGUUGAGUAACAUUUUUUCGAAAAUUUCAAAUUGAUGCUGUAGGUGUGACUGCCAGUCCUCCUUCAGUCAGGUUCUGCCGAGUAGAUUCAUCUUUGGUGUUAAUAUUUCUAAUCCGCUCCAAGAGAGUGAGCCCGCUAUACUUCCCACACGUGACUUUUUUGGCGCAGAUGAGAAUUAUGUACGGGUCCUUUGAAGCGGUCAUCGGGACUCAGUGGUGAUUAACUGCGAGUUCGAGCACUUUGUAAGAACGUGGGUUGAAUGAACAAAAUGCCAACGAAUGUGGGACAUCGUGGCUCAGGCGGCUAGAGAGUUAGUGUACUUAAACCUUCCCCUCGUUGUCGUUGGUUCGAACCCCACCCAGGCACCGCGUUCUUCAUGGGUGGGUCAAAACGAAAUAUAGUUCUGUCCGAAAACAUCUAAUAUGGUAGUUUCAAGAUAAGUCCUGUAAACCAAAAAAGGUGCUGAAUAUACAUAUUAGAAGUUGUGUCUCAUUUUUCAGCAAGCUUAAUAAAUAUAGGUUCAAGGGUAGGAGCAGUGAGACUUUGUCCAUCUUUUGACAGACAGGAAAAUAUACCUCCUAUUGCAAUUCAGUACUGUCACUUAUUGCUUUUUGCGAGAUCAACGGUCAUCAUUCGACGUGGUUCCGAUUUUCAUGCCAAAUGUCUGCUUUAUUGAUGAAGAAAUAUCAAAAAGUUUGCAACUCAUAAUAAUAUCUCUGGUAUUAUUCUUGAAAUGGAGGGGGAAGGAGAAUUUCUAACAAUUUUGGUCAAUGACAUAAUGUAUUCCAAGACAUGCAUGUCAAAAUUUACGAGAGCAAACCCCAUCACUGUUCUGUUAGAUUUCACCGUGUUCUUCUCAUGUAGGAGUUAACUUGAAAUGACUGUAGAUUGUAAAUGACCGGUGUAACGGGAAAGUGCUUAAUACAAUGGUAGACCUAAUCGCAAGUGAAAACAAGCAUGUACAGCAGAAUUUAUUGGGGCCAACAAAUUUCGUGACGGCUUUUCAACUGCAACCCGUCUCUGCAUAACAUAGGUAACGAAUGAACGCGCACAGCAGUAUGAAUUUGUACAGAAUGGCAGUGCAUAGUAGCAAGGUCAAAGUUCAAAAUAAUCAAUAAUCAGCUAAUACGUCCACAUAAGCAUCAAAAAGGAAAAAAGGAAGACGAAAUGUUAACAACAAAUCACAGUCAGAGGAAAAUAGAGGCGUGAGAUUACCAGGGCAAUUGCAGAUUGAUCACAUGAUCUAACUGCUUGCACAGGUCUGGUUUCUCCCUCCGUAUGUAGGCUGCUUCCAAAUAACGCAAGGUUCGAGUUGUACGUGCUCGGACAAGUACUCGAAAGGAUGCUUUAGGGUCGACAACAUGACCGCUAUCUAACAGGUGUUUCGUUAUAGACGAACGGGGGGUUCUAUUUUCCUGUUUGAAAAGCCAAUUAGGCAAAUGCUCAGCGGCCCUGGUCGCCAAUUGCCUUUGCGUUCGCCCAAUGUACUUGCAUCCGCAAGUGCAUGUGAAUUCAUACACACAAUUGGGGGUGGCGUGCAUUGGCAAGGCAUCCUUUGCCCGGUUAAUUGGAAGGCUUUUUGUGGAACUGAUGAAGACAAGCUCUGCUGCGUUGUACGUUCUUUCUAUAGUGCAACGCAAGCGUCGCUUGAUUGUGUUUGAGACGUUGUCACCCUUAAAAGGUAGACAUAUUAUAACGGGCUUCUUCGGAACGGACUGUUCCGUCAACUUUGGCCGUAAAUGGUUGCUGUACUUCUGAAUGACGCGUGCAGGAUAACCACGAUUAAGUAAGGCUUCUUUGAUACGGCUUCAAACUAAUCGCAAGUGUUAGAAAGUCUACUUACCCUAAUGUACACAGGUGGUGCCGCUGUUGUAUGUCCCGCGAUCUGUCAACCUCAGAGCGACUAUUUAUGCUUUGAGCCGCAGACUAAACCGUCUGGCUAACGACGAGAGAAGACAAGCAGAGGUUGCCUACUUGUAUGCUUCUCAUGUCUUCAGCCUUUUAAUACUGCUCCAGUUUCGCUGUUGCAAAGGGGUACUUGCAACCUGGCAUGCAAUGCAAGGCUUUAUGAGUUUCUCUAUCUUCCCCACCAGGUUAGAUCAGUUUGCGCUUGGCAACGCGUUCAAGCAGGUGGAAAUGCGAAAGCCAUUUACUAGAAAAAACGGACGUGUUUCGCAUGCGCGAUCGUGAAUUUCAAGUAAAAGUGGAAUGCAAAAACUGCCACUGCUGUCGGGAAUAGCCACCCAACUUCCUCCUCUGUCAUUCAGAUUCGGCUUGCAAUGAGGCGGUUGACUAUGAAACAAAACGAUUCAAAUAACCUGUUAGGGGAUUGCUGUGUACACUAAGCAUUGCUCACUGACAGCUGCAGAAAAUAUUGUGUUCAAAUGAGGAAUACACUUUUGACUCGAACUUCAACUGGAGUCAUACUGUCAGACCAAAUGUUGACCUCACGACCCUCUUCGGUUUUCUAAAUAUUAUGAUGUACCUUAAAGGCAUUGCAUUGUGGGAAAAGCAGAUCAUCCUCCUAAUAAUUCAAAUCACGUCAGCAAUUAAUAUCCUCUAUGCAAGUUGAGGAACCUUCUCCAAUCAGUUGCCUCCCCAGAACGUCAUAUCAUUGUAUAAGGCACGCUGUCAUUUACUAUAACGUCAGAAAUGAUGAAUACGUGGACUUUUCAACGUUUCAUAUUUUACAUUGACCCAACUGUGAAAACCUCGGCGCCUGGUGGAAUUCGAAACCACUACAGCAAGGAGAAGGCUUUAGUACAGCCAAUGCUCUAUUCACCUGAGCGUAGUGCCUCGUAGUUCAGGUGGCUAGAGCGUUGACUCUACUAAAGCCUUCCCUUGCUGUCGUGGGUCCGAAUACAACCAAGGCGCAGAGUUUUUCACAGUUGGGCCAAUAUGAAUUAUUCAAAAUCUUCCAAAACAUCUAUUUAUUGCGUGGGCCUGGUAGUAAUCUGGUGGAUUCUAGGUGAUUUUCUUAGGAAAUCCUGUUUGAGCAGUCAGCUUACUAAAUCGGAUUUGGUGGAAUCCAGAUGUAACAGUAGGCUGGUCGGGUAACUUGACCCAAAUAUGAUUACACUCACAGCUCCCGGUGGGGCCUCGUAGCUCAGGUGGCUAGAGCCUUCCCCUUGCUGUCGUGGGUUCGAAUCCCACAGAGGUGGCCGAGUUCUCCACAGCUGAGUCACAAUGAAAUGGAAACCAACUAAACUCGUUGAAGAUGGCACAUCUAGCCUCCCUUGGCAACAACUUAAUUGCCAAUCAAAGAGUUAACUGAAUAGAACAUUCAAGUUAGGUCCGUCCUUUCUCAGGCUGAUCGUCUUUUUCUUCCGCCCUCCCCCUUGUGUAGGCUACGGACACAUCGCGCCCAAAACCCAGUACGGUCGUAUGGUAUGCAUGUUUUAUAGCAUCCUCGGGAUUCCCUUGAUGCUUAUUUAUCUUAGCAAUGUCGGUCGGGUGUUGGCCCACGUCUUCCGCUUUGUGUACACGAACUUCUGCUGCUGCCGAUGCUUUCGGGACAUCAGUAUUCGUCGCCGAAACCGCCAGAGAUUUCGUCUACUACGUCUGCAAGAGGAUCUCCGCCGGCAUGUUGAGCUGCAGGCUAAAAUACGCGGCCAAAUGAUUCCACCACCAAAGGUGAGUUCGGUGCGAGCGUAGCAAAUUCGAUGUGCUUUUCUUGCUGAUAUCGUCUUCUUCUUUCUUUUUCAUUCCUCUUCCCCUUUUCUUCACCUCCCUCUUCUUCGUUUCAUUAUUUCUAUUAUUAUUAUUAUUAUUAUUAUUAUUAUUAUUAUUAUUAUUGUCACUACUCUUAUCGUCGUUAAUAGUACUGGCAUUCUUUCUCGUCGUCUCACGUUAUUUUUUGCCUUCAGCACUUUUCAGUUUAACUCCUCUUGAGGGCUACACUUAAGAUUGCACACCGUAAGUAUCGACAAAAUAAAAAUAGCAACCGUAGUUGAAACUUUUCAUGAACGCUCCACGUCUUCCUCCUCCUCCUCCUCCUCCUCCUCCUCUACCACAUCGUACAUCUUGUCACCUCCAAGGUUUAAAUGCAUUUCAAGCCAAAAUGUGCGAACCACCUACUUAGAUAGAAGCAAAAAUGCAGGUUCUAGAAAGCAGAUCAGAAGAAGAAGAAGAAGAAGAAGAAGAAGAAGAAGAAGAAGAAGAAGAAGAAGAACGGGAGGAGGAGGAGGGUGCGAUCGCAGGAGCAAGAAGUUUAUUGGCCUGAAGUUUCGGAUUCCGGCUCGAACCUUCUGUCUUCAUAUUUUGGGCUGAGACUUUGUUCGGGAAUGUAAUUAGACAAGCGGGGAGGGCGCGAAGGAACAACAGUUCCAGUGAUAGCAAGCCAAGUUGCCGAGUGAUUAUCAGGCCGAGAAUAAAAGUCGGGGAUGAAAUUACGACAAUUAACGGCUCGCUUGCGGACCCGUAGGCAGGCCUCGCAUCAAAUACGAGUCGCAAUUAUGGCCGCAGGGGCAGCUACUUAUACCAUUCAUGUGGUCGCAUGGCAACUACGCCCUAUAAAUACUACACUCGCAGUGCCUCCGUCACCCUUACCUGCGACUGUCUUUGAUGUUGGAUUCGAGUGAGAAUCUGAGACGUCAAGCCUAUAAACUUCCGCUUUCAGAGGGCUUUCUACCUAGACUUGCUAAGAAGGAUUUUUAUUGACGAGGAAAGAAAAGCCACGUCCUCCUCUUGCGUUAUACUUUGCGUUUGCAAUAAAGAUGAUACCGACUGACCUCCAUGCAAAUUCAGUAAAUUCCACUAACGCCAUGCUGGGCAAGGCUCGGAAACGCAGUCCUGUUGGGAAAUGGGGAAAACCAGAAGCGUCGAAUAUGAAAACCGCGGUAAAAGAGCUUUAUGGGUGGGGCUGGGGGAAAACAGUAAAGAAGUUGCGAAAACCAAGGGAAGAACGCAAGUAUUAUAGGCAAAUAUGCUAGUUAGUUUUAGUGGGCAUUAAAUCUCAGCGUAAGCACCGUGCAGUAUAAAACUUCAUCACAGGCAACCAGUAAAACCAAUUCCACGAAAGAUAAAGGUGAUUGGUCCGUCAAAAUCAUCGAGAGUGAGCCGCUCAGGGUUAUCGAUAGGGUGUAGGAUCCCCAAAUAGGGGGCAACUCCAAAAAUAUGCCCGAAAAUUCGGUGUGACUGUAAACAUCACUUAGUAUUCACCGUUCCCAUUGUUUGAAAUUUCAUUUCCUUCCUGACUGGAUGCAAACUUACCAGUGGCGCUUUAUUCAAGGCCAGCUAUUUUUGAUAAUAGCCUUUUGUUUAUUUUUUUACUAUCUCGUUCACUUUCUAUGCCAAAUGACAGCGUGCGAUAAGACUUUUGGGAGCAUGCGGGUGAAACACACCUGCCACCACCAGAGCAACUGCGGGAACUACUACAGAUAUGCACAAAGAAUGUACAGUUCUUGUUCAACGGGCGGCUGUACCGACAGAUCGACGGUGUAGCUAUGGGCAGUCCAUUGGGGCCAGUCCUAGCGGACAUUUUUAUGUCUAAUCUAGAGCGAAAACUAGCUCGGAACUUACAACGAGCCUCAUUCUAUAGGCGAUAUGUGGAUGACAUUUUCGCUGUAGUCAAAAACCCAGGCGACGGAGAACUACUACUCAAGGCUCUGAACAAAGCACAUGCAAAGAUCAAAUUUACGAUCGAGCAUGAGAAGAACGACACACUGCCUUUCCUGGAUAUUCUUGUGCGUAGGCGGGCAGAUGGCUCUAUUCAGAGAUCCAUCUAUCGAAAACCCACCUGGAAAGGACAAUACAUGCACUUCCCCAAUUUCGUUCCAAUUCAGAGAAAACGGAACUUGGUUUUGUGCCUGUUAAACAGAGCCACCAGAAUUUGCUCCUCAGAUACGAUCGAUGACGAGCUUACUUUCCUAAAGAACGUUUUGCUUGCAAACGGGUAUCCGGAGAAAUUCAUCGAUAAAUAUCGCCAUCCCAGACAAGAAACUCCUGAAGAAAUAUCUGUACCUAAAAAGCCCGUGACCAUCUACCUCCCCUUCAAGGGUGAUAACGUGUCAAACGUGAUCAAGCGACGACUUCGGUGCACUAUCGAAAGGACGUAUGCCGCCUCUAAAUUGUUGUUCAUAAGCACCACAAUCGCCAUCCGCGUUAGACCAGUUAAAGACAUUUUGCCUAUGCACGCCACAGCAAACUGUAUUUAUGAGUUUACAUGUAGUUGCGGAUGCAAGUACAUUGGGCGCACGCAAAGGCAGUUGGCAGCUCGGUCAGCUGAGCACAUGCCGAAGUGGCUGCUUAAGGCGGAAAAUAAGGUACCCAGGAGCUCAAUCACAAAGCACCUAGUGGACACGGGCCAUACGGUGGACCCAAUGGUUGCAUUCAAGGUCCUGUUUCGGGCGACGACCGGGCGUCUCUUGAGCUUUGCAGAGGCCGCUGCAAUACGGAGGAGGAAACCAGAAAUUUAUCUGUUUUCUGUAUCUUCUUGCUCUCCGUCCUGUUUGUUGUCCCGCCCGUAAAACCUCGUCUACUACCAUUCAACGUAUGACACGGCCCACCGGCCAGCUCAAAUUAGAUGGGGGUAAUGCACCCUAUCGUUGCCCUCCCAAGCAUUUGACCAAUCAGAAGAAAGGCGCAGAUGGCAGGGUAAGAUGUGGUUUGGUAGCCCCACCUGGAAAAAAUAGUACAGCCGUUCGACCUACCUAUAUGCCUUCGAGUAAACGUGACUUCAUCGUUAGAUUCUGCGACUACGGUUUAGAGUUGAGUUGUUGGAUUUAGGUUUAGGGUCUAGGGUUUAGGGUUACGGUUAGGAUUUAGGGUUAGGGGUUGGGUUUUAGGGUUAGGGCUAGGGCAAGUAUUUAGUUUUAGGGUUAGUGUUAGAGUUAGGAUUUAGGGCUAGGGUUUAUGGUCAUGGUUAGAGUUAGAAUUAGGAUUUACGAUUAGAAUUUAGGGUUAGGAUUAGGGUCAGGGUUAGCAUUUAGAGUAAGGGUUAGGGUUAGUGUUAGAACUUAGAGUGAGGGUUUGCAUUUAGUGUUAGGGUUCGGUCUUAGAGCUAGGGUUAAGAUUAGUGUAAGGAUUUAGUGCUACGCCUAGGCUUAAGGUUUAUCGUUAAGGUCUGGGUUAGGGCUCAGUUUAGGGCUUACGGUUAGGGUUUAUUGGUAGGGUUUAGAGUUAGGGUUUAGGUUUAGGAUUUCAUGUUAGGGAUUAGAGUUAGUUGGGUUUAGGAUCUAGGGUCUUGCGUUAGGGCUGGGGUUUAUUGUUAGGCUCUGAAGUUUGGGUUCGGCUACUGUUUAGGAUUUCAUGUUCGGGUUUAGAUUUACGGUUUCCGAAUAGGGUUAGGGUUAGUUUUCAGGUUUGGUUUUUACUGUUACCGUUACGUGUUAGGGUUAGAGUUUAGGUGUACAUUUAAGGUAAUGCUUUACAGCUACUGUUCUUCCGGCUGCUGGUAAGUUUUAGGGUUAGGGUUUAGAGCUUAGGUUUACGAUUACUCAAUUCUGUUGCGGAUCCCCUACGAAGCUUUUGGUCUUCGGGUGUUUACUUCAUGUUCCAUUAAAGAUCGUUUUGUUUCCCAUCACUCUUUGCCUUCCCAUGGGCCGCACUACAUUUUGAGUCCGCCUACACCUCCUUACGGCUCGUAGGCUCACUUCCGUUAAAGUGUCAGUGUUUCACAGGCGAUCGGAGGUUUCGAUUGUUGUUCCUUAUAUCUAGCUCCAUCUUGCGAGUUUCAACCUAGUGACUGACUUCAGCCUGCAGACCCGCAUACUGGCCUUCGGCUAGUACUUUUUCCGUGUCUUCUCCAGUUCCCCCGCUUUCUUCGUCAAUUGGGUUUACCAUCACCGGCAGGGUUACUCAGCAUACCUUCUCCUUAGCCUAGACUGCGCUGUUCUCGCCCUUAGGGUUAUUAGCCACCUAACCUUCUUUGAUUGGCGACCUACCUACUGCCGUUUGCUCUGUUUGUUUAGUGCGUUGUUUCAACGGCUCCGCUAUGCAGUCGGCAGACCAGGUAGUAGGCGUACCUUGACCGCCGGCAUGACCCUGCGUGCGCUUACCCAUGCACUACCUUUCCGGCGACACUAGUUCAGACGGCUGAGGGGGGGGGGUGGUGGAGCACGCGGGCGGCGCAGUGUAUCCUGUUCCCAGGUGGGGCUACCAAACCAUAUCCGACCGAUGGAAGUUGUGAGAAGCGGGUACCAAAUGAAUCCCUAACCAUAAAAGCUAACACUAGUCCCUAGCCCUUAAGCCUAAACCCGAGCCCUGACCCCAGACCCUAAAUCCUUACGCGAAACCCUAUUCCUAACCCCUAACCUUAAAACUAAAGUCCUAAUUGUAAAACUCGAAAUCUAUCGUAAUUGUGAAUCAUAGUCGCAGCAGUCCGCGAGGCACCUCAAAUUGAAAGUUUCCGCAAGUAGUACUACGCCUGCUGAAAUCAAUUAUAGUGCGAAAGUGGUAUUUUGAUGGCCAAACAGGACAGCGUUCCCGAAUCCCACCCAUUUCUGGCCUAAUAGUUGAAAGUGCGAUACUACAUCGGUAGGAACAACUUAGGGAUUGGAAACCGGUGUCGUUAGUCUUUUUAAACAAUUAAAUGCUACUAGUGUGACAGAAAUUGUUGAAGGCAAGAUGACUGGGCAAACCGCUUUCACAAAAUGUUAUCACAAGCGUCAUUGCUCUAGCGCCUAUAGUGCUGAUUUUUCUUAUUCUUAUGUUCAGUUGACUUCAGCGGUGAUUGACUACAGCUCGGAUGAUGAUGACGAGAUCCGGCAGAUAGACAAAGAGUUCCAGGAGACUGACGAUGCAGGUAUUCCCAUCUGCGUCGUGAUGGCGGUCAUUGCGGGCUACGUUGUGCUGGGCACCUACCUAUUCCGAAUCUGGGAGACGGACUGGACUAUCAUUGAUGGGGCUUACUUCUCAGUCAUCACGAUCUCGACUAUCGGAUUCGGUGAUCUCUUUCUUGGCAGUGGGCGCUUUGAGCAGGUAAAAUACUGAUCCUACAAGAACUUUCGAUUAGGCACGGGAAUGGGAACCCCCUGCAAUACAGGUGGCCUUCCGUCAAAGUCCAGGAAGGAUACCUAUUUUCGAGUUCCAGCCUUAACCCUAACACUACUCCUAACCACUCUUAACCCCAACUUUAAACUUAAGCCUGACUCCACCUUAACCCUAAUCCCUCGAGCUAUUUAUCGGCAUGGAUCAAGCGUUUAUUUACACAGGGCUAGUACCACACACAAACUCUUCGAUUUCCGAUGCAAGCCUCCUCGGCUGAGUGGGUGGCGGAGGCCUGAUUAAACGUUCCUAAGUGAUGUUAGUCAAAGUAUGGUCACGAUGGUCAAUGCAAGUUGACUGAUUCAGUACUGCUUUGGGGUUAUUUCGCUGCCAUCCAGCCAAUGGUAGCUCUGCGUACUGUCAUGUACCUGAUUUGUAGUUAGGUACGGACACAUAACGCACAUGUAUUUGGGGGAUAGGACCCCUCAAGCCAGUCACAAGCACUUUAUCAUACUGAAGGACAUGACUGACUGUAUACCUAGCAUUUUCUGUAAUCACAGAUAGUUAGUUUAUUCACGCAUAUAUAGGGCAUACCGAUCGAUUACCUUCUCUCACCACGGGAUUUGUUGUUUUGGUCGGAAUCGUUAAUGAUGACUAAAAAUUUCCUUUAUGGUUCCAUGUUGAAAUUAGUUCCUCAGCAGUUCCAAAGUGCUCUUGAGCACGUUACAUCCUCCGACGGCUGGCUUCUCACUACGGCGUCUCCGAGUUUGUGUUCAAACACUUGUUAGUCAAUAUUAGCGAUGGCAAACAGAUCCCACUCUAAUCAGUCAUGUAUAUUUCCUUUAUUUCUCAAUGAACGCGAAUACAAUACGGUUCCUUAAAAGGGGAUACUCGAAAAUGACAAUUAUUCUUGUUACUUACAGUGAGGGAGGUUUCCUUGAGAAUGAUUGUUUGUAAAAAGUGAGGAUUGUGGUUUUAAGCUGUUCGAAGUCGUUUGCCUGAAUGACAUUUUAGUUGCAUGUAUCCACUUGUCUUCCGAGCCGGCUUAUAAGGCGCAUUAUAUGUCCAGUAAGUUUUAUGUGAAGAAUAGCGACAUUUUAUUCAGACAGAAUGCCUAAUACGUAAAUGAAAAUCCUGAAAUAUGCAAAAAUUGAAGGCAUUUUUAAGAGAAGGUGGGUGUUGAAGAACUGUUGUAAGACCCUGACCAGCCUCUCAAAAAAUGCAAUUUUCUCAUAAAACGCUUCAUGAAAUGACAUUUUAUUUACCCUUCCUAUGUAAAAUACUUGAACGUACAUAUGAUCCAAGCUAAAAUAAAAUCAUUGGCCAAAUUUUCCGUGGUACUUCCUCGAGCAGUAUCGUUUUAAGUGGUCAAAGAGGUUACCGGUACAAAGUGAACAUGCGACUGAAUACUGCAUUGAAGCAGGACGCAAACAGGCUUUCAGAAAUCACAGGGGAGCGCUGCAUGGAAUAAGAGCGUUCCGCUUGAAACGGAACUCCAGUCUAGCAAUCGGUACUCGUAAGUAUCAUUAAUAAAAACGAGGGCAACUGCAAUGACCAUGUUUUACUUAUUUGUAAUCAGCAGCCAGUCCUACCUAUAGCUUAAGCUGUUAAGACCCAGGCGGGAACGCGCGCAUCUUGACAACUGCGUCAAAUGCACUGUCACUGAGUUAUGGGGUUUGCACCGUCAGCCUUGAGCUGCAAGCCUUUCCCACGUGGUUGACUAUCCAUAUGCCGGAAACGUUUACUUAAGCCUCUCUUGCCAGUGAUUCCUCCUAAUCCCUCCUAUUUUAGUACAGGUUUAUGAAUUUCGGUCAGUGUCUCCUGAUUUUGACCUCAACUGGCCAUUGUGUUUAGCCACUGCCACUUGUCUUCUUCAUUGAUUUACAUAAAUACAUGCAUGUAUGCAUCCAUUUCACCCACACGAUGAACUAAGUCGAGAACAAUAGCUGAGCUACUGCUGGGCGCCCUCUACUGUAUCGUCGGCCUGGCGCUCCUCUCCAUGUGCUUCGAGCUCAUGAAGGAGGAACUGGUGGGCAAGUUCCGCUGGAUUGGCUCCCGCCUACGCCUCGUUCAGAACAACCAGACGGCAUAUCAGGAAACGACCGGCUUCGUGCCACCGCCUUAUGAGCAGCCGCAGCACAGCGGGACGUCGUACACGGAGGGCGCGGACGACGAGGGUGAGUGCUGCGCCGACUCUGCCAUCACGCCCUCACCGCGACCGCGGAAGUCCAUACUACGGUCGCAAGCGCAGUGCCCCACUCGCGGCAGUCUGUCUACGAACUCGGGUGCGCAGCCGGACAGUGGAAGCAUGGGCGAAGACAAUGCGGCCUUUGAGAAUGAGGCUGAGGCCUACAUUGAAGCAGCAGAGGAGCAGCUGCAAGCGGAUACUGCUGAGAAUUAG